UGUCAGCUCUAAUUGUGAGUUGAUGAUGAUGAUCAGAGUUUCACUGAGAAGACCUUCUUCUGAAAAGUGUUUAUGACUGUGUCUCUUUGUUUGCCUCAACAAUGGCACGUAUUGCUCAUUCAGGGUUUCUUCAUAGAAAAAUUAUAGCAACUUUCCAAUUUGUCGUAGAGAGGGCGCUUCAAACUGUCAUUUUUUGUAUCUUGUUUUCCGCCCACCAACACGAUCAUUCCGUAGGUAGCUUUGCUAUAGCAUUUGAAAACUCUGAGAUUUUCAAAAUUGGUGCAGUUCUUAGUCCCGGUGAUAACACUGAUUACUUUACCCAAGUUAUCGAAAACAUUUCCAACGAACAUAUUCUGCCGCCAGGGUACUCUCUUUACGCUGAAACUGUACCUAUGAACCCUAACCCUAUUCGUACAGCCCAAAAAGUGUGUACAGUUUUAAUAAAUGCCACGGUAUAUGCCGUGAUCAUCAGUCAUCCUAACUCUGGAGAGCUUUCUCCAGCCGCUGUAUCGUACACAUGUGGUUUUUACAACAUUCCUGUGAUUGGAAUCAGCUCCAGGGAUAGUUCUCUGUCGGAUAAGAACCUUCACGCCUCCUUCCUUCGGACGGUGCCUCCUUACUCCCACCAAGCUGACGUGUGGAUCGAGCUUCUGAAGUUUCUUCAUUAUAAAUGUGUUGUUUUUAUUCAUAGUUCGGACAACAAUGGAAGGUACACUUUGGGGAGGUUUCAGAACCUAGCAGAUAAAGCCAAGAUUAAGCUCGACGAUGUCAUCGAAUACGAACCUGGCUUUACAGAUAUCAUUCAGCACUUGGAGAAAACGAAAGAAUUUUACUGUCGAGUUUUUAUUUUGUACGCAAACACUGAGGAUGCUGAAUCGAUAUUUCGUGAGGUAGAACAGCUAAAAAUGAUAAGUCCUGCUUAUGUGUGGAUCGUUUCGGAACAGUCCUUGAAGGCUGCCAAUAGACCAGAUGGUUUACUGGCUCUCACUCUAGUCAAUGCUUCUGAUGCGGCUGCUCACAUCCGGGAUAGUGUUUACAUUAUUGGUUUAGGGUUGCGAGAACUGAUACGAAACGAAAACAUUACAAAAGCUCCUGACAGCUGUGGACAGAGAGAUAGAGCCUGGGAAACAGGAAAAAAAUUAGUAAAGUAUUUAAAAGCUCAAAGCCUACUCUACGGAAAAACAGGACGAGUAGCUUUUGACGAAAAAGGGGAUCGUCUUAAUAGUGAUUAUGACAUAGUAAAUGUUAUAGAGGGACGUAUCGCAAAAGUGGGAAAAUACGAAUUCUCGAAGGUAAAGUCAAAGGAAUCGUACUGUUGCCGGGGUUACUGCAUGGACUUGCUGAGAAAGCUGGGGAACGACCUAAACUUUACGUACGAUCUUUACCAAGUGGAAGAUGGCCAAUACGGCAGUUUUGAAUAUGUGAAUGGCUCUAAGAAGAAAUUUUGGACGGGGAUGAUGGGAGAUUUGGUGUACGAAAAGGCAGACAUGAUUGUCGCCCCACUCACAAUCAACCCUGAAAGAUCCCAGGUUAUUGAGUUUACUAAACCUUUCAAAUACCAGGGAGUCACGAUACUGGAAAAAAAGCAACCAAAAAGUUCCACCCUUGCCUCUUUCCUUCAACCUUUUGAGCAGACGCUCUGGAUAUUGGUGAUGGUUUCCGUCCACGUUGUUGCACUAGCGUUGUAUCUUUUAGACAGGUUUAGUCCAUUUGGACGCUACAAACUUCCGAAUAGUGAUGCAACGGAGGAAGAUGCUUUAAACCUUUCCAGCGCCAUCUGGUUUGCAUGGGGAGUAUUACUAAACAGUGGGAUUGGAGAAGGUACUCCUCGCAGCUUCAGUGCCAGGGUACUAGGGAUGGUGUGGGCAGGUUUUGCUAUGAUUGUUGUUGCUUCCUAUACUGCCAAUCUUGCAGCAUUUCUUGUUUUAGAUCGUCCGGAAACGUCGCUAAGUGGAAUAAACGACGCACGGCUUCGUAAUCCUUUGGAGAAUUUUACUUAUGCCACAGUAAAGGGAAGUGCGGUUGAUAUGUACUUUCGACGACAGGUGGAACUUUCAAACAUGUAUCGAACAAUGGAAGGCAAGAACUAUGACACAGCAGAAGAAGCUAUCACUGCAGUUAAAUCUGGGGAACUAAACGCUUUCAUCUGGGAUUCUUCUCGACUGGAGUAUGAAGCUGCUCAAGACUGCGAUCUAGUGACAGCAAGGGAACAGUUUGGCCGCUCAGGCUACGGAAUAGGUUUGCAGAAGAACAGUUUCUGGGCUGAUCGGGUUACUUUAGCAUUGCUGGAAAUGCAUGAAAGUGGACACAUGGAAAACCUAGACAAUAAGUGGAUUUUAUCUGGAGGCGAUAAAUGUGAUAACAAGAAUGAGAAGUUUCCUGCUACACUUGGGUUAAAAAACAUGGCUGGAGUGUUUAUUUUAGUUGGAGCAGGAAUUGUUGGUGGAGUAGGCCUGAUCAUCAUUGAAAUUAUCUAUAAAAAGCACCAAACUCGUAAACAACGCAGAAUGGAGCUUGCUCGCCAUGCUGCUGACAAAUGGAGAGGAACAGUAGAG